AUGGCCGCGGAAGACCAGGCGCGGAAGAUCCAGCAAGCCUUCAGGAGGAUGCAAACUCGAGCUGAAGAGCAAGAAGGCAGCAAGGAGGUAGUCAUCGUCAACUUGCCAGGUGAGGAAGUUCUGAAAGUCCGCUGUGCGCCAGGAUGGAACGUGCUUCGUUUGAAGCGGGAAGUUUCGAACGCGCUCAAGAUCCCGUUGAAAGAGGUCCAGCUUGCUGCCGGCACUCGAAAGUUGAGGGAUGAGGGUGGCCUGGUCGAGGUGCUAGAGGCGGAGGAGCCAGUUGUGUCGUUUACACGGGUUGAGCUUCGGGCGGUGGAGGACAAUGCCGCAUCCACCAUUGGCCGGCUGUGGAGACGACGGCGGUGA